GUUUCGUUAAUGAAAAGUCUAAACGGACGCCGCUGGGGGUCGUUUUAAAGAGCUUCGUAAUAGUUUAAUUCUCCAGUGAUCCGUGAUGGCACAUAUUCAGCACAGCAACAGUUAUGCACAGUAAAAUAAUAAAAUAAAAUAUCACCCGCGUCUUUGGGAGACAAAAUGAGAAAUGCGCAUGCGUGCAUUUACAGCCAUCUCAAGCAAAGGCGAUCUUUGUUUGAGAGAAAUGGCGUCGGACAACGGACUGGCCUCUCUGGGGGUCGAGGGAGCAUCCGCAGCCGCACAUGCUCUGUCUCUUCCAGCAGACGCUUAUGAAAAUGAUCCUCGGCUUGAAAUGAUGUGGGCAGUGAAGGCCUACAACCACGCAGAAAUUUACUUCAAUCUCAUUUCAUCAGUGGAUCCGAAGUUCCUGAAGCUGACGAAGCUGGACGACAAAAUCUACUCGUCGUUCAGAGAAACGUUCAAAGACCUCGACGUAAAGCUGCUGAAACCGGACGACCUGAAAUCGGCCGAGGCCAAAGAGAUAUGGCGUCCGUUCUGUAACCAGUUUGAAGGCCUCGUCGAAGAUUUCAACUACGGCACUUUGCUGCGUCUGGACUGUGAGAAGGAUUACACGGAGGAGAACACGAUAUUCGCCACCAGAGUUCAGUUCUUUGCUAUUGAAAUCGCCCGAAACAGAGAAGGUUACAACAACGCGGUGUUCAUGUCCAAACGUUCGAAGAGUUAGCCUCAAAGCAGUGACGGACCCUGCAGACCCUGACCAGGAUGUCCCCACAGGCCGCCAGACUCUCCUGAGACGGCGGCUUUGGGUUGCAGAUGGAGUGAAAGCUGCCCGUCAGCGUGGACACUUUGACACAUUUUGUAUUUACUGUAAAGUUUGACUGUGCCAAUCAUAACGUUUGUUUUGCAUUUGCUUCUAACUGAAGAAUCGAGAAAAAGUCAGCGACGUUUCGUCACAGUCUCAAUGUUUUAGUUGGUUUUAAUUCUGUACAAAAUAAAUCUGCUACUAAAUCCUUUUCAUCUUAA